GUUUUCCUGAAUUUUGUCCGAUUCGAUCCCGGAGUCUUGGUCGGAUUCUCAAUCUAUUUCUUUUUUGCGGACUGCCGGCUGCUAUUCGGGGCCGAGGUGUCAUUAGCAUAUCGCAACGCGCCGCCCGGCCGAGUGGGCCGCUCAGUCCGGAUUCAUUCCCGAAACAGCCGUCCGAUUCUCAACUGAACCGUCCGGGGUGUUGGCGUUCCGGCAUCCCCACACCUCCGCGCACCGGGUGUGGCACACCAACAUACAUGCUUUGCCAUGGACGCUAUGGAUACUGAGUCCGUCCAGAGCGGGCGGACCCAAGACAAAGCUUCUCGCAUUGCGAAGGCCUGUCUCCGAUGCCAAUCGAAGAAGAUCAAGUGCGAUGGAAGGACUCCAUCAUGUACACCUUGCGUCAAUCGCAGUCAGGAGUGCGUGUACCAGCAGGUACAGAGGCGCCGUGGGCCUGGUCGAAGCAAAAUGUACAUCCAAGCUUUAGAAGAACGGCUAUCAAAAAUGGAAGCCGUACUCAAUCAAGCUGGGCUUCCAAGACCAGGGGCACCGCCGACAAGAAUAUCACCGUCAGAAACUGACGCUGCGUCCGUUUCCGUGUUUGCAGGCCCGGCCAUACCAAACAGCACAGUUCCUAUACCGAGUCACCGACUGGAUGCCGCACAAGCUGCAGCCAGUCAUGUUCCGUCAGAUCACCCAAUGGGCGAUGAAGCCGUAUCGUCGGCGCCUAAUUCAAGAAGUAGCCAGACACCCGUUCCUCAGCCUCGGGAGAUCCCCGAACCGCCGUCACAACUUUCGGGGAAGAUGCCAGUUUUUGCCGUAAUUGCAAGCCGUAUGAGAGAGGUCAAUUCCGCCUCUUACUGCUCUACAUUCAACAGACAAGUCUUCACUCCUCGACUCGAAAGGGAGGAGGCCAUCACUAUUUUGAUGCCUCUCUACGACGACGUCAUCAGCAAUUACCCGCUUUUGAACUUUCAUUACUUUGUGCGUCACUUCGAAACAUUACCGGAAGCGGAUGAUACUUUCAAUAGUACGUCGGGAUGGGCAUACAUGAACGCCGUCAUCUCUGUGGGGACGCGGUGGAAAACCAUCAACAGUGCGUUCCAGGAAGUUUGCCAACUUGCCUGGCCUUUCUUCAAAAAUGCAUUUUCUGUCCUGACAGAGCUGAUGGUGAAGGGUGGCGACUUGCUCUCUGUACAGGCCAUUGUCGCCAUGGCGGUUUUCAUGCAAGGAACUACAUGCACCAGAACUGCGACUAUGCUAUCUUCUGCGGCAGUAAGACUGUCUCAAAACAUCGGGCUACAUCGGCAGCCUUGUACAAUGAUGUCCAUGUGUGCUCAGGAUGUUGAAGCACGGAGUCGGGUGUUCUGGGCGGCCUACAUACUGGAUAAAGAAACGGGUCUCAACCAUGGCCUGGAUUCGAUACAAGAUGAUGACGACAUUGAAACCGAACUGCCCAGCGGUUGGGGAGAAGGUGUUGACAUAUUAAACCUCAGAGCGAAGCUUGCGAUGGUAGAGUCUUCAAUCCGAAGACGAUUGUACACGGCGAAAGGACUCCGCCUUACCGACGCUGAUCUGGUUAAGGCCAUCAUCGAUUUAGAUGCUCUUCUUGAGGAGUGGAGGUCAAGUAUGCCCGCAAACCUCCAACCAUCAUAUGAAGCCCCUGCAUCGGGGUCAGACAUUGCACCGGAUAUUCUGAAUCUGCAGUUGGCAUUCUAUAGGUGCACGAUGAUGGUGCACUGGGCGGCGAGACGGCAUGACCAAUACUCGACUGUAGCUGUCCUCAUGGGAACGCCCGCUGGUUUCGAAAUGCCCUACAUUCAGCUGUCCUUUUCGCAGAAGCGAUGCCGCAUGGCGGCGCACGCGACCUUGGGACUAUUUAGGACCAUUUCAACGCCGCAAUAUGCAGACCUAUGGCGAAUCUUGUGUUACCCCCUUUGCGCAAGCAUUACUCUUUUGACGGAUGUGCUCGAGACUCCAGGCUCUGCUCGUGCUCGAGGGGACUUAGCAGCAACGAGAAAUUUCGCCCAUUUCCUUCAAAAGUUCGAAAAGUCUGAAGGUUGCGACUUGAAGCGUGUAUUGACGGCGUGCGCCAUGAUGCAACGGACGGCGCAAUAUGCCGUCGAUGAUGCCCAGAAUAUAAUGCGCGCCCAGAAUUUGGUCGGCAACAACGGCGGCGGUGUGCCACUCAUACCGGGUUUUAGUCUCAGUGAAGAUGCACAGGUUUUGCAAUCAUUGCUCGGCACGGCAACACAUCCGAUGUAUCUUGUCCAAGGACUGAUGGGAAAUUUGCCCAACCGAGAUCAAAAUCUCACAAUGAGGCUUGCGCAACUUCUUGGUACUCCCUUUGAGAGUGGCAAGCCUGGUAGCCCACUCGGAUCUCAACCUUUGCAACCGGAGACGUACGGUUUUGGGUUUGGACAAGGCCAGGCUGGUAAUGACCCGACGGCCAACUGGUCUUGAGAUUGGUAGAUUUCGUCCAGCAGACUGGAGCAGACCUAUGCUGCACGAGUUUACCACAUCUAACGAUGGGAAUUAUCCGGAGUUAUAUGUGCUCGCUUCGGAAAAUGAAAGGUGCCUGAGAGGUGCCGAGACAAUAUCGCACCAUCAUCGGGGACCUGAGUUGAGCUGGUCUACCAGCGUUCCAUCAGGCAAGGGUCCGGAAUCUUAGAUGGGAAUUGAAGCCAAGACGUGGCUGUUAUUUUAUAUACGUCCCGCGCCGC